AUGGCUGCAAGUUUAAAGGAUUUGAUCGAAUACUUGCUGGAGGAGAUAUCUUUACGCGGUGAUCAAGGCGUGCCUCCAGUACAAGUCCUUGCGUUUAUUGAUGAAUUCUACGUGCUGCGGCGCCAGAAGAAUACUCUUAAUGGAACUGUAACACGUCGUAUACCCAAUCUUGACAGACGGUUCAAAUCCAGGGUCUGGACGUGGCUUACUGAGCACCCUGAAGUAUCAGUUGGCAAAGAUAGAAAGGGUAACUCUCUUACCCUGGAUGAUGUGGUGCCUCACUCACAGGAUGAGGGUUCCGGAGCGAUAGCUAUUGACCCGGCGCUAAGGCCGGCCUCCAGUCGUCAGGAAGAUGCUUUCCUUGUAUUUGUGUCGCUGGAGCGAACGUGGCUCUCAAUCACGGGUCAUGAGCCGGAUUCCUCUAGGGUCUUGCCGUUGGAGUUUGCUCUUCUAUCAAUUAUUGCAUCCCGAAAAGAAAAGGGUAUCAUUCAGUCUGACCUGGUACGGCUUAGUGGGCAAGACAAGCGCUCAGUUCCCAAAAGGACUGACUUACUGCAAGAGAAAGGAUAUAUUGAAAAACGAGCCAUACAAUACCAAGCUGCGAGAACAAGCUUGUGUACUCUGAAUAAAUUCGCUGGCCUGGGACCAGGGGAACUCUCUUAUGAACCUUCGUCAACCGUGGAAACUGGCCCAACAUCAACCAUGAACAAGAUAAUAGACUUCACAGUUUUGCGAGAGAAACUCUUCGAGAUGCUGAGGGAGUAUAAAGUUAUCACUCGUAAUGACCUUAAAGAGAAGCUUGGAAUGCAAGAUCGCUGGCACGGGAAGAUACUGAGAAGAGCAAUUCGAAAAUUUGAAGCUAUUGGCUGUGUUCGCCGGGUUCGCGCAGUAUCCCAGUAUUCGAACGCAAUGAAGUCACUACAUCCCUCGGUAAUGUUGAUACGUGAGCCUACAGAAAAGGAUAUCAGACUGUUCCAUGAAGAUAGUAAGGGACUGAUGUCAUCCUUGGAGCAGUUGGACGCAGACUUGGACGAGGAGCAAGGUCAAGAAAUAGUAGUAGACCCUAGCCUGGAGGGUGAUUCUACCAACUACGUCGUUGAUAUCGGCCGGGUUAUUCCUCAAUGGACACCAGAUAGGUCAAUAACUAAUCUGGUUUUCGAUAUCAUUCACCAGGCCGGCACCAGAGGAAUUUCCAAUAACGAUAUCAAUAAACUGACAAUGGGGUCCUUUUUUAGAAAGCCACUGGAGACUGUUCUUUCUCGAUUGACCAGCUCAUGGCAGAGUUCCCAGCCUCUUCACCUUCGGCAUCUAGCCAUUCUCCGCGACACUGCACUCAACAAAACUGUAUAUUAUUAUAUACAUUAUUCAUUCAAUAACUUUUCCUCCCUUGUGAGCCACGGUCAUGCGUCUUGGGAUGCUGUCACUGGAGGACCUAGAUCAGGGAAACGAGUAUUAAAUGCACCCCCAGCCAACGCAAAGGCCAACUUGGACAAAUAUGGCUUUCCAGUCGACAUCUCACAACCCCUACUGAGGAAGGGGAACGCAACCCUUCGUGAAUGCUUAGAGGCCUCUAAACCAUCGAAGUGGCACCUAACGUUCAAUGAUCCUAUCGCAGUCGCUCUCUUGGAUGGCACAUAUUCUGUUGACUUCUUCAGAAAAGGGGGCCUUUCACGAUCAGCUCUCGAACGUGCCCGAGAUGCUGGAGUACUUGAAUCAGAUAACAAUGAACUGCUUCGAUCCAGCUAUCCUAACGGGGUUCAGUGUGAUGACACCUCCCAAUCAACUCCUGGUUCUCGAGAGAGCAUAGAAGUGAUAGGCCAACGGGCAACGAAAAAACAGAAAGUGGUUAUAGACCCAUACGAAGGAUUGACUGGAAAGGAGCUGCUUGAAGCACAAGGCCUGGAUGAAGGGUGGACAGAGUACAGCCUUCUACUUAUGGAUCGCCCUUCGACCGGGGUAUACAUAACCCCGUUUGGAAAACGUCGACCUAUUGGUAAGAAAAGAGGGCGCCCAGGUAAAAGUCGUAUUGCAGUCUUCAAAUCACCGAGAUUAAAGGAAUUUGAUUGGUUUGUGCCUCAGGCAUCACCCGAACUUCCGGAUGAAGAGACCACUUCGAUAGUUUCUGCAAGCCUGCAGGCGGCAUCCGGGAACCUGUCCAUGGAAACGCGUCCUUGCCGUCCAGUCAGAGCUGUUACCCAGCGGCAAGUAUAUUCUGGUCUUAAUGAGGAUGAGCCGGAGGGUACACCACAGCUGUCCGUCAAUGAUGAAUCGGAUGCGGAAUGGAAUCUGAAGAACCGCCAGGUAACCGGAAAAAGGAAAGCAUCGGACACAGGUGGGCCAGAACCCAUAGUCACAGAAACAGCUCCUCGCCGUCGGAGGGGCAGGCCACCGAAAAAAAGGAAGCAUGAUACUGAAGUGGAAGCUCCAAUCGCACUUACUCCAGAGGCAAGCUCGUUGGUCGACGAUACGGGGUCAAGCAGAACACAGAUGGCGGAACUAUCAAAUUCUGCCCCUGUACCUGUGUUAUUAGAGCAGGAAUCGAUCGUUACCUCUCCUGGAGGUGGACAGGCUACUGCUCCUUGCUUGCUGGCGACUGAAACUCAAGAAACAAUCCCUGACGAAGACCCAGGAGAAACUGAGAUGAAAAAGGAGCCCACAUUUGAUCUAUAUGGCAAUCCUGUCACUGAUAUAGUACAGCCUGGGAAUGAAACUGCAGGAAUUUCAUUAGAGCCCAUUGACGCCACCGUUUCCGAUGCCCAGAAUUCGUUGGAUACCCCUAUCACUAGAGUUGAUGACAUCAAAGGAACUCUUAAGAGAGAUAUCAGAUCUGGUUCUGUGGGCGUACUCAGAAGAAAGAUCCUUCUGGAUAUCCUAGAAAAGGGAGGCGGCCUAUAUCCUAUGGGAAGUGAAGUGUGGUAUCCAUUUACUACUCAGUGGUUGAAAAUGAAUCAAAGCGCAAAACCGGACGCACGAACCGUCAAAAAUGCAAUGAGAACUCUCAUUGAAACUGGGAAGGCCAGGAAGCACACUUUUACUGGGAGAAACUCUAAAGGCCUCAUGGUAACGAAGAGUAUUUUGUCCUUGCCAGAAAUUACAGGAAACCAUCCAAAAUUAAGAGCCAUGCAGAAGGAAAUGCUUGAUGCAGACCCCCAGCUUUAUCUACCCCUAGAAGUUGAAAUCGAUCCAGAGUUGAGAAAAUCGAAUCGUGGAUUCUUAGGAUACGGCGUUAAACUUCCUGAUAUUGAUGGGGAAGUUAAUGUAACACUUCAUCAACCCCCAGCUACAACGCGCAAACAGCCAUCUAGGGCGAGAAGGCGAUGGAAAAUGAACGACUUUGAAGGCGAACUCUUCGAGUUUGAUAUCAGAGAACUAUCAUUCCCUUUUGACUCUCCUCCAAUUGAACGUCUGGAGAGUAUACAGCGAUUGGCACAAGGGCGUUCGUAUUUGGCUUCUUUUGGCUCAUCAACCCCUGGUAUCUCCUCCCAACACACGAGGUAUCCCGUAUCUGCAUUGCCGACAACAUCAAAAACUAGAUACAUGAUAACUCCUGAGUCAAUGCUCAUGUGUCCGCUGCAGGUAUAUCACUCAUCUACAGGGACUUUUGGAACAGGUGCCUAUAUUCCUGGUAAAUAUAGGGUAUAUCCUAGGCAUCAUCGCCAACAGGAUAUGAUACGACCGGAAAAUCUAGCGAGCAUCCUAUCCCAAAGAGAUAAUUGCAAGUUUGAUCGCUCGAAAUUUUCUGACCCGGUAUCCAACCAGUUCUUUUAUGACGUUGACAGGAUCAAAUACUGGGAGCACCGAUGUCCAGAAGUAUUUGACAUGCCGAACGAUGAUUUUGUUUUCAUAAAUCAUACCAUUGAUGAACUCCCAGAAUGUCCACCUCUGGAAGGUGUAAUACAGUUUGAAAGCGACGCCACGUCUAUUACUGAGAUGGAGCUCACACGAAGACUAACAAGACAGUUAGCUAGGAGAUAUCAACCUCCCGAAGUUGCCCUUGCGCGCCAUUUUGGCUCUGAUCGGAGGCAGCGAUGGAGGGAAGGGGAAACAUACACUGAGACCACACGGAAACUUACCCAGCUACAGGAACCAAAAUCGGCUGGUGACGCAGAUAAAAUUAAGAAUCAGAAGGCAAGGCGUGUUAACUCUUUACCGGCGAAGGUAGCUCAGCGGCUUAUGGUAGCUAUGGUUGUCAUCCGCACCCUUGCCGGAGGAUUAGAAGGAAGAAUGGUUGAGUGGGCCUUGAUUGCCCCCUUAUUCCCGGAUUAUACCCCCAAAUUCAUCCAUGACCGCGGGAGAUUGUUAACAGGGAGGCAUAGACUGCAGCUGUCGAAAAUGCAAAGUGAUUUUCAGGAGAAGUUUGCAGAUGCCUACGAAAGGGGAGAAGUGCCACCAAUCAAUUUCGAUAAUCUAGAAUCUUAUGACUGGGAAUGGAUUGUGGACUGGGCAUGCAGGAAUAUGGAAGAGCCUAGUAUGGGUAGGCUACCGAACCUCCCAGCAUCUCGCCAACAAUUCGACAGUCUAUUCGAGAUUCGAACAGAGCCCGGCCAACAAGUUGACGAGAUUUACAACUACACUCCCCCUACUACGAUACCAAGGAAACGAACACUACUGGGAAACCUGUUACUCUCCAGUAACAUAUUUGACGAUCGCUCGCCCAAACCAAGGGCAGCUGAGCUUGAGCUUCUUGACGUGGCAAAGUCCUGGGUUCGUGCUAAUGUCGUAACUCCUGAAGAGACUUAUAAGCCAGUAGAAGCUGGUCAAACAAUGAGGCAAUUUGGCGAGGAUCUCUUGGGAAGAGCAAUCCAAUCCCUCAUAACUGAGCGCGUUAUCUCUAUGGGUAACAAGGGCCGAGUAGCUCCUGGACGCAAUUUCGAUCUUACAGAGCAGUUCCUUGGUGCCCUCACACGCAGACGCCCCGUUGAAUUAACCCAGCUAAAACAAGCGUCUUCUUUCAAAACAGAAGUCCUUGAUCCUGCUUUUCUUUCUGAAGGGUGUUAUAACGUGAAGUAUGAGGCGGCGGAUGGUGAUAUAAUUGCUCUGCUUAACCUAGUUGCAAAGGGUCACAUUGUAUUACUACCCAGGGACCCUCCUCGUAACAAAUAUGGGUUAACCGACGGAGGAUACCUUACAAGGCUUAUGGAUAAAGAUAAGCUGCGCUUUAACGUUGAGGUCCACCCAGUCCAAGACCGAUAUUUGUACGGCAACCCAAUCGCCCAGUCAUUAACGGAGAUACCGAUACCAAAAGGCGAUUUGGGUAACUUGUUGAUUAGUAGAGAAUCAUUGACAUCAAUGCCUAAAGUUCCUCUUUGGUUUGAUGUACACUCCCAGUUCGUGAAAAUAGUGUGGGAGCUCGUUUUAAGCGCGGUUGUCGGUGUACUUGUCGCUCGACCGGCCAUUGGAGCUAAAGGGAUAACACGUAUGCUGGAGCCUUGUCUAGCUGAAUGGGAGACACUCUUAGUUCUAGGCUGGCUGGCCGACGUCAGGAUUAUUGAAAGGACGCAAAAUCCAACUGCGAAUCAUGCUGAAGAUAUAGGGUGGGUUGUGGGCGAGUGGUGGUGGAUGGUACUCAGCCCAUCCGAGAAUAAUCAAAUGUAG